AGAUAGGCUUUUGCUUAAUGAAAUGAGCUUACAGGAAUUGUGCUUGGGCCGAGGCCUGGGCCUGGGCCUUUUUAAACAGCCAGGUUGUCUCUCUUUUAAAGUCUUUCUUGCUUGUGUGGGGGUUAGUAGAGUUUCUGAGAUUUCAAACAAUAACAAUGGCGAAUCAAGUUCUCUCGGAGAUGAAGGAAACAGCUCAAUGGAUCUACGGCGCGGUUCGUCCUUGGGGCGAGUUCCUCGAUCCCUCUGCUUUCAGCUCCCCGUCCACCCACGAAGACGAGGGCAUGACUCGCUUCGCUCAGAACAUCACUCGCUUCCGCAGCAACUACGCCAUCGUUCUCACCGUCCUCCUCGCUCUAACCAUGAUCACGCGCCCGCUCGCCGUCCUCGCUUUCCUCGCUGUGGCUUGGCUCUUCUUCCUCUCCUUCGCUCGCGAGGACCCGCUCACAACCGUUUUUAUUCUCUUCUCUGUUGCUAUUGCGUUGCGGUUCCAAGCCGUUCCGUUAGGCAUUGUGUUCGUGUUACAACACGCGCUGUGGAGAGGAACGGAUGAUCUUGUGGCGGACCAUCUGGAAUGACGGUGGGAUUUGAGCGGCAAAAUUCGAAUUUGGGAAUUUAGGGUUUUGUAAUUUUUUUUUUCAAUUGUUUUCUAUGUUUUAGCUUAAAACAUUGUUCAGUACUUGAAAGGAAAUCAAACGAAGCUUCUUAA